UUAACCCCUCCUACGGACAUUCUACACAGUACAGGCAUGGCUGCUAUUGGAGUACAUCUGGGAUACACAUGUGCCUGUGUAGCAGUUUUUAAGGAUGGCAGAGCGGAUGUUGUUGCAAAUGACUCUGGCGAUCGUGUUACACCUGCUGUUGUUGCAUUCAGAGAAAAGGAAAAGAUUGUUGGAUUGACAGCAAAACAAGGAAGAAUAAGAAAUGCCACAAACACGGUGGUUAAAGUAAAGCAGAUCCUUGGAAGAAGUUGCAAUGACCCACAUGCUCAAAAACACACUGCUGAGAGCAAAUGCCCAGUUGUUAAUGCAGAUGAAAUGGCAAAGUAUGAAAUUGAUACUGGCGAUGAUAUCAAACUUGUCUCGCCUGAAGAGGUGGCAAAGUUAAUUUUUAAUAAAAUGAAAGAAACUGCUCAGUCAGCCUUGGGUUCAGAUGUCAAUGAUGCUGUUAUUACAGUACCUUUUGAAUUUGGAGUAGAGCAGAAAAAUGCUCUGAGGCAUGCAGCCGAGGCAGCUGGCUUUAACGUUUUACGAUUAAUACAUGAACCCUCAGCAGCACUUCUUGCAUAUGGCAUUGCCCAGGACACACCAAGUGGAAAAAGUCAUGCUUUAGUAUACAAGCUUGGAGGAACUUCCCUUUCGGUUACACUGAUUGAAGUUAACAGUGGGAUAUACAGAGUCCUUGCCACGCAGACCGACGAUAGCAUUGGAGGGGAGUGUUUUACAGAAGCCCUGGCUCAGCAUUUAGCAUCUGAAUUUCAGAGAUCAUUUAAGCACGAUAUACGAGGAAAUCCAAGAGCAAUGAUGAAGUUAAUGAACAGUGCUGAAACUGCAAAGCAUUCUUUGUCGACGCUAGGAAGUUCCAAUUGCUUUGUGGACUCUCUCUAUGACGGGAUGGACUUUGAUUGCAAUGUGUCCAGGGCUAGAUUUGAACUUCUGUGCUCAUCACUCUUCAAUAAGAGCAUUCAACCAGUUGUUAGUCUUUUGGAACAAGUCGGUUUUUCAAUGGGUGACAUCAGUAAGGUGGUCUUGUGUGGAGGGUCAGCUAGGAUUCCAAAGCUUCAGCAAAUGAUCCGGGACCUGUUUCCAGAUGUUGAGCUGCUUAACUCAAUUCCUCCAGAUGAGGUGAUUCCUGUUGGAGCUGCUAUAGAGGCUGGGAUACUGCUUGGUAAAGACAGCUCCACUCUAGAUGAUGAAACACUCACAGUUGAGUGCUGUGCCUCAGACAUAACUGUCAAGGAAGUAAAUGAUUCUGGAGCUGAUAUAUACACAGUCUUGCUUCCCUCUGGUACUCCUCUGCCAGCCAGGAGACAUCAUACAUUGCAUUGUCCUGGAACUGGAUCCUCUGUUUGUCUGGAAUUGUACCAGUCUGUACAGAAUAACUGUGCCACCGAAGCUAAGAAAGUUGCUCAGAUUAUUCUUAAAGAUUUGGUGAAAAAAGAAGAAAACCAUGACAUCCUUGCAGUACUCACCAUGAAAAGGGACGGAUCUCUGCAUGUCACAUGUACCGAAGCAACAACAGGAAAGUCGGAGGCAGUGACCAUUGAAGUGGCAUCUUAAAGGGAAGUGGAAGGAAGUACAACCAUCUCUGAAUUCAUGUGGUGAACCCUGCAAGAAAUUCAAAAGCCCCAGGUGUAGUGGACACGUCAAAGUAGCAGCACAUGUUCUCAUAAGGAUGAACUGAUGCAUUCUUUUUAGAUUAUCAACUAUACAGUUAACACAAAAUUGUGUACACAAAAAACAGCAGCCAACCACCAGCGCCCCAAACAUUUUAGCAGUACUUUACUAUUCCUGUCAAAUUUUUCCACUGAUUUCUAAUCAAUUCCCAGAAGCCACCAGUAAAAGAAA